GGAUGGAGAUGCGCAGCGCCGCGCACAGAGGGCAGGCGCGUUCACAGAUGUAGCGGAGAGAAACUUCACAGACACGCGCAGUUUGGCACAACUAAUGGAAACCUUUACAGACGAGAUGGAUGAGAAAACACAACUUGUUUCAUUUCCGUUUGUAAUAAAUGUCGCUCGGAUGUAGUUGCGACCGUCGCGUUUCUUCUCAUGGGUUUGUUGUGCGCACCGGGCUUCGCGUUAUAGCGCAGUGAUGUCCGCACAAGGACUGUUGAACAGCGUCUUCUCGUGCUCGCCAUCGGCCUCGAAAACACUCGCAAAGAAGAAGUUGCGUCAAACGCACAGUCUGGAUUCAGCGCUGAUGCGAAGCUGCGGCGCGCCUGGAGAUCACCAGAGGUCCUGCUGGAGCACCAGCUCGACAGGUGGAUUUCAAACCUCAUCCGAAAGCCCGAAACCAACCCCGCGCGUCUCAUCGUCCAGUUUAUCCACGUCUUCAGACGCGUCGUCCUCCACCAAUAUCCACAAUGACUGCAAAAGCAGCAAGCGCAACGCGUCAAAGGACGCGUCGCUCAACAUCUCCGGAUCCAGCAGCAUCUUUUCACCCAGAAAGUGGCUUCAGAGAAAACUGCCACAGUCGGAAAUUUCUUCCCACAGUAAUAAAAGUGAGGGAGAUUUGACCUGGAAGAGAACAUCUGGACCUAAUUUCUAUCUGCAGUCAGUCCCAAUUCAGAGUCUGUCUGAACUGGAGAGAGUUCGACUACAGGAAGUUGCUUUGGUCCGACUGUUAAAAGACUUUGAUUUGGGAUGCCAGAUCACCAUUCCUAAAGAUUGCCACAAGCGUAAGAAAUCACUCCGGAAAAAACUGGAUUCCUUAUCAAAGGAAAAGAAAGACAAAGACGUGGAUCCUCAGGCAUUUGGGGUGCCGCUAUCGCAGGUGAUCUUUAAUGACCGACGUUUAAAACAGCUUCACGAUGGUCAGAGGGGUCCUUCAGGUCGACCGUCUUCACUGUGGCAUCUGGCAGGCUGGAGGUCCAAUAACAAGGAGCUUUCCAGCAGUAACUCCUCCCUCAGCUCCGCCUCCGAGACGCUCAAUGACAACAGCUCACCCGGGACUCCAGAGACGGCCCUGCGCUCACAGAGACGGGGUGGUAUGUCUGUGGACUGCAUCACUGAUCUGGAUGACGGUCAUACGUGUCUUCUGGAGGCUCUUCAGCUGUCCAUGCCCGUAGAGUCACCCAGUGAGAAGAAGACGAGUGAUAAGAAACUGAGUUUAAAUCCCAUCUGUAGACAGGUGCCACGUGUACUGGACAGCUGCUGUCAACAUCUGGAGAAAUACGGUCUGCAGACGGUCGGCAUUUUCCGUGUUGGAAGCUCUAAGAAAAGAGUAAGACAGUUACGUGAGGAGUUUGAUGAAGGUGCAGAUGUUCUUCUGGAUCAACAGCACAGCGUUCAUGAUGUCGCAGCUCUUCUGAAGGAGUUUCUGCGAGAUCUUCCUGAUCCUCUUCUCACCAGAGAGCUUUACUCUUCAUUCAUUAGCUGUGCAUCUCUGAACAGGACGGAGCGUCACGCUGCCAUGCAGUUACUCAUCUGUCUGCUUCCCGCCUGUAACAGCGACACGCUGCAGUGUUUACUUCACUUUCUGUCCAAAGUGACCGAUCACGCCGAAGACUCCCGGGACAGUGACGGACAUGAGGUCAUCGGCAACAAGAUGACAUCACUCAACCUGGCCACCAUAUUUGGUCCGAAUCUCCUUCACAAGCAGAAGAUGUCAGAGAAAGAGUUCAGUCUGCAGAGUUGUGCUCGUGUAGAGGAGAGCACCGCCAUCAUCACCGUCGUGCAACACAUGAUCGACUCGCAUCAAACCUUGUUCAUGAUCUCUGCUGAGCUGCAGAGUGAAGUUUUAUCAAGUUUGUCGGACACAGACGGUGAUGUUGUAAAUUAUCUGCUGAGAAGAAAAACACCACAGAGUGACCAUUCCAGAUCCUCCAGUGGAGAGAUCUCUCCUUACGAAAACAACUCUCCUACUCGUUCAGAGUGGAUGUGCUCAUCCAUCCAAAGCCAUUCAAACCUCCCAAUCCACCUAGAUGUUCUGGCUGGAAACAUCACAGAGAAUUCCUGCAUCCCACCUUCACAGGACGGAAACGGGGAAAUGCUUCAUGAGAACGCCGGUGUCUGGAUAAGACGAAGUGCUGCUCUUCUGUCAGGAGUCCAUGACAGAUUACUCACAGGCUCUGAUGGAAAUCUGUAUAAACGUGUCUCAUCUGUAACAGACUGUGAUGACUACAGCAACACAAAGCAGUCGUGCGCAGACGUCAGACCGUAUAAUAAUCAGACACCUCGCUGUCCAAUCACAUCCAGCUGCCGGACAACACUCAACCAAUCGGACGAAGCGAUUUCUCCUCCAGUUAGCCCUGUGUUCAUAGCCAAACAAGAUCGACUUCCUGUUACCUCCCAGUGUACAACUGUACAGCCCCACCGUGUCACUUCCUGUCAGGAGGCGGAGUCAGAUGUCACCGUGGCAACCAAAAGCUUCCCCGCAGAUGAACGUACAGCCUGGCCAUCAGACCGGUGGUUAAUAUGGCAGCUGUUAUCAUCAGACAGUGUGGAUACUUUACCAGAGACAGUGGUAUAAGAAAUACAAACCUUCAGAAGAUUUGAAGGACUUAUGUGCGUUCACUUCAGUCUGUGAGGAUGAAUUGGCGACGACCCACAGGAAUAAACUGAUUUUAGCAGUCACACAACAGAAACUUCAUUAGUCUGACUUAUUAAACAUUUAAUGAUUCAAACCUUUAUUUUAUUUUAGUGCCUUUAUCAUAACACAAGAGUUUUCUUUCACUGCGGUGAACAGAUCUUCUUCCUCCUCCUCUUCUGUCAGUUUCUUGAAAAGAUCCCCACUUUCAUACCUGUCCUGCUUAAUUUACAGUUAAGACAUAUUAUUUAUUUUUUAUAUUGAGCAUAAACCAAAUAAACCAUCAAGUGUAAACAGAAGUUAUUGUAAUAUAUUUUAUUCUUUAUGUGCCAUGAAUUAAAUCUUUGAAUGUAUGGGUAAAUGCAUUUCAUAUCUGACUUACAGUGAAGUGACAAAAUUCUAGUAAAUGCACCGUGGUUUAUAAAAUAAUUUAAUAAAUACAUCAAAUAUACAUAAUAUAUACAUGCAAUGCUCCAUACCAGAAAAUCAUUUAAACCUAAAUCUUCAUUUUAAAAUAUGGUUUUAUUUUGUCAUUUAAAAUCAGAUUAGCACUCUUCUGGCAGAAAUCAAGUUCUGUUUUAAAUUAAAUAAUUCAGGUUUAAUCCAUUGCAACAUCACAAUUAUUUAUUUAUUCAUGUUAUUUAUUAAAUUAGCCACUUUAGUAUUUUACCACUGUUUGUAAUGUCUAUUAUCUUUGCGUUUGCCCAGAAUUAUAUAUUCAGAAUGUAAGCUAAUACUUUAAUAAUUUAGAGGAAAUGGUUGAUUUAUAUUCAUCUUUAAUCAGUUACUGCUGCUCUUCAUCACCUGUCCAUCCAAAACAACAAGAACUUUACAUACAAACAAAACUGCAUCCAAUCUACUGCACUGAACUGAUUUUGUUUUAUGUUUUUGGGCCAUUUUUGUCUUUUUUAUUAGAUAGAUUAUAUGAUAGGACAGGGACAGGGGUACCGGAUCAGCAAAGGACCUCGAGUUGGAAUUGGACCUCGGGUUGUUGAAAGUGCUUCUGCAUCAUAUGUAUGAGCACUACCAUCAGCUCCAACAAUGAACAGAUUUUUUUUUUACAAACCAUAAGAUAAAUAUGUCUCGUAACAAAUAAGGUACUCAUAUAUAUGAGAUAUACAGUAUGAAAUAAACAGUAAAUGUAAUGCAUUAAUGUUUUGAUAAUAAAUUCUAUUUUUCUUCAGUGAUUUUAGACAUUUACAUUCAUGCAUUUGGCCGAUGCUUUUAUCCAAACCCACUUACAAGGUACACAUUACAUAUUUUUUAUCAACAUAUUUGCUCCUUGGGUUUAAACCCGUGACCUUUUGCGCUGCUAACACAAUGCUCUACUAAAGGAGCACUCGACCUUUGAAGGUGUACAGCACAGAGAAAUAUUACGCUUAUUAUUAUGUUCAUAAUUUUUGUUUGUUUUGUACAUACUGUAUCAUGUAAAAAUCUUGUAACCAUGUGGUACUGUGUAACUUGUGCAGAAAAAAACCAGCAGUUUACUUUUAAAUGAUUCAGUCACAUUACAUGCGAGUUUUUCUUUUGAUGUUAUGCCAUAUUAUUUUGACUACAUGUCAUAACCUUUAAAACCAUUUUUGUUUGUUUGUUGCAUAUUACAAAGUCAUGUGAUUGUGUAUUAUCUUUUUUGCCCAUCAUCACAGAAGUAUCUCAAAUGUUUUGAAACAGAAUAAAUGGGAGCAGAGAAUCAGAA